GCUCGUAACUACAAAAACCGUUUAAAUUUUUUAUAUUUCAGUGAAAUAAACCAAGUAAGACUUUACAAAGCUUUAGUACAUUUUAAGACACCGUACGCCACAGUCGUCUACUACAGCAGAAAAAGCCAGAUAUUAAAGUGUCGUGCAAGGAAAGUGAAGUUCGGGCAGCUAUAAACGGCCGCGUGUUUGAAACGAACUCACAACUCGAACCGACAAAAAGUUCACGAAAUUUGUUUUUACUCAUAUAUAUAUAUAUAUGUGUACACAUGUAUUUAUGAACAUCACCAACGGUUUUACAACGGGGUGUUGUGCGCAUUCAUUUGUGAGCAGUGCGUUAAAGUGAGAGUUUGUGUCUUAAGUCUUUCGAUUUCCCAAUACGAAGCUGUGUCUUCAACUAACAAAACGAAUUUUAUGCCAAAACUUGGUUUUUUCUCAACCGCUUUGCUAUAGUAAAAUAAAUACAAAAAAGCGAAAAACUUGUCUGUGCUGUGGUUUCAUGCUGUUGCCAAAUUUUGAGAUUAGCGAAAAUGGCGCGGGUGAAUGAACGAGAGUUGCUGCUGCAACUUAUACUCCUGGCUAUAUGCACUUACGCGUGCGUAUUCAAUGCUGCCGAAGCUAAGCGAUUGAAUGCAAACUUAACAGCAUGCCAACAUUUGCGUCGUGUUGAGAUCCGACGCGCCAAAGCAUUGUAUUCAAAUGAAAAAGACUCCUCAAUUCGUAUACCGCGAUGUAGUAAAAGUGGAGAAUUUGAACAGAUCCAGUGUCGUAACGAAAGAACCGGCCUAGAUUGUUGGUGUAUUGAUGAGUAUGGCGUCGAAAUACCAGGUACUCGCAACGAGUCAAAGUCGCAGGUACGCUGUUCCGAGCCAACGCAUUGCGCGGCUUCUGCGUGUCGCAUGUUCUGUCCAGCGGGCUUUGCCCGAGACCCCGAAACUGGGUGUAGUGUCUGUCAUUGUCGCGAUAUUUGCGAAGGCGUAGUUUGUCCCAACGGACAGACGUGUCAACCACAAGAAGUCAAAUGCAAAGUUGAACCAUGCCCCCCGGUGCCUACGUGUAAAAAAGCUCGAUCUUUAUCUACAUACUGUCCAGCUGGCAUGCCAUUAGCCAUUGAUGGCAGCAUUCGUCCAUUUCUUUGUGGUAAUGAAACAGGAAAGCCACAAUGUCCUCCACUCUAUGAGUGCAUGAUUGAUACUGGUAAUGAAUAUGGAGUUUGUUGUCCAAGCACAAUGAAAUUCUCGAAGCCAGGAAUUUGUCCUGCGCAAGAUAAAGUUGAAUACAGCGAACGUACGGGAUACAUGUGUGGUUCUCCAUGUAACAGCGAUCUGGAAUGUGGUAAUAUGGAGAAAUGUUGCUUUACAAGGGGUUGCCAAUUUAAUUGCCAGCAGCCGUAUAAUGUGACUACAUGCCAUCAAGCACGUGCACUCUCCGAUAUUUUAGAGGUCAAUGAGAGGGAAGGUCGUGGCUAUCAACCGGAUUGUAAUGGCCCCGGUGGGUUAUUCUCACCACGUCAGUGCUCGCGUAAUGGCCUCGUAUGUUGGUGUGUUGAUCCACGUACUGGUCAUAAAAUUCAGGGCUCAAUGGGGCCAGCAAAUGAUGUCAAUUGCGAUGGUUGGGAGAAUAUGAUAAGUCAUUCGCUGGGUAGAAGCUUUAAUAUGGAAAAAUGCGAUACGAAUAUUUGCGCAGCAGUAUGCGAAUAUGGUUUUAAGAACGAUCAUAAUGGAUGCCCUUCAUGUGAAUGCUCGGAGCCUUGUGAGGGCUUCAAGUGUGCGAUCGGUUCACACUGUGAAGUUGCCACUGAUCCAUUAUGUGAAACAGGCUCCGCACUAUGCGCUUCCUGGCCUGUAUGCAAACCCGAUUUGGUAUAUUCUAAUCCGUGCGACGUCGGUGCUCCUUUAGCUGAUAAUAUAACUGGUGAAGUUAUGUAUUGUUUUGAAGAGCGUCAAUCUCGAGCUUUUCAACCAACUGCGUUCUUUGAACCGGGACCAGAAAUAAAGCAGUCGCGCUCUAUGUCCAAUCGUAUUGCAUGCCCGAAUAACUAUAAAUGCGUGAAGUUACCCCACGAUACGGAAAGUAUUUGUUGCCCACUUCCUGAAGAGAGUAUAGCCAUGGAUGGGCAUUCGACACACCAACAAACCAUGUGUGAAUAUUUAAGAGAUUUUUCCGAACGCAUGGAAGGUACCGAAGAAGGCAUGCAACUGGCUAUACCGGCACCACGUUGUACCGACGACGGCAACUAUUUAGAACGUCAGUGUGGCAUGAAGAAAAUUCGUGUUACACGUGCUGAACAGCGGCAAAUCCUCGAGGAGAAUACCAUACGACGCAUGCGCAUGCUACUGAAAAGCACUGAUGAGAGACAAACACGUAAGAAACGGCAAGUAGAGCGUUUAAAAUUGUAUCGCGUUAACGAUGACGCCUUAAAAGUGCACAUUGCUGCGCCAAUCCAGAGUCGUAAUGCAAAAGUAAUUGAUGUUGGAGCUGAUCGUACGCAAAGUUUGGGACAACUUUUUGAAGUGGAGUUUAAAAAAGUUUUACCAGCGCCGAAACAGUCGCUGUUCGACAACGAAUUGGUGGAAAUCGAAGUAGAGGAAUGUUGGUGUAUAGACAGCUUUGGCACCGAAAUACCAAAUUCACGCGGAUUCAAUUUAACUGACUCGGAUUGCUUGAAUAUUCGUGAAUCCAUCGACUGCUUGGAUCUAACUUGUCGAAUGGGAUGUGAAUAUGGCUUCACAUUAGAUCCCAGCACACGUUGCCCCGCCUGCCAAUGUCGCGACCCUUGCGAUGGUGUUGUUUGCGGGGAUGGCAAAGAGUGUCGCAUUGUCGAUGUCUCAUGUGAUGAAGAAUAUUGUCCACCCGUUCCAGCAUGUUUACCGCGUAAACCUGGCCAAUGCCCAUUCCUGGUGCCACCUGGUCCUGACAAUUUGGACGCUAACACGUGUGCUUACGAAUGUCGUACAGACUCGCACUGUGAUGGCCAGAAACGAUGUUGUUCGAAUGGUUGUGGCACCCAGUGCGUGUUGCCUCAAAUGAAAACCGCUUGCCAACAUCUGCACACAAUACAGAUGCACCAAGCAUCCGAGCUAGGUAUACCGGCAAUGAAAAUGCAUAUAGCUCAAUGCGAUGCUCGCACCGGCAAAUGGAAUCAAGUACAAUGUUCACCAGAUGGCUUUUGCUGGUGUGUCGAUGAAAAUGGCUGGGCAUUAAACGGCACACGGAUCAAAGGGACGUCGCCGAUCUGCAAGGUGAAUGCAACAUUUGCUUGUCCGGAAACAAAAUGCGAAAAGAAAUGCGAAGCCGGAUAUAAAAUCGAUCAAAACGGAUGUGCAAUUUGUGAGUGUAGAGACUUUUGUGAUGAAAUCAAUUGUUCUAGCGGCGAGGAGUGUCAGCUGAUUAAUGUAGAGUGCAUUGAUUCUCCAUGCCCUAAAAUGCCUAUUUGUGUGCCACGGCGGGUAUCGCUUUGCCCCGAAGGUAAUCCGCUGAAACAAGGUGAUCUUGAGGUGAGUUGCGGACCACACAACGAUAAUGAGGCCUGUCCCACAACACACACGUGUCAGUUGAAUCCGGUGACACAUCGUGGAGUCUGCUGCUCGAAGACAAGAGAUGUAUGCUUUGAGUCAAUGGACAAUGCUUGUCUAGGAAAAGUGCAAUCUGAGCGAAAUGUGACACGUUACCGCUUCAGCCCAAAGUCCAAUAGAUGUGUAACUGUUACGAUUGAUCUCGACGCUAAUUCGUGUCAGACAAAGAAUCUUUUUCACAGCGAACUAGCUUGUAAUUCAGUGUGUCCAGGUGCGUUAUAA